GCAGGGCGGAAGUGGGGCGGAGGCCGUGUCGUGUGGCGGAAGAGGCCCGAGGAUUUCCGAGGUGAGCGGAAGCGGCGCUGCCGGAGUCGGACGAGCCCGAGGCAUGGCGGACACGUCCUCGGAGCAGGAGGCGGAGGCCGCGGCGUUGGCCGCGGCGCGGGAGCGGAGCCGGCUCUUCUUGAGCGGCCUGGAGCUGGUGCAGCAGGGCGCCGAGGCUCGCGUCUUCCGCGGCCGCUUUCAGGGCCGCGCGGCCGUGGUGAAGCAUCGCUUCCCCAAGAGCUACCGGCACCCGGCGCUGGAGGCACGGCUCGGCCGGCGGAGGACGGUGCAGGAGGCGCGGGCGCUGCUCCGCUGCCGUCGCGCGGGUAUAGCUGCCCCAGUUGUCUUCUUCGUGGACUAUGCUUCUAACUGCUUAUAUAUGGAAGAAAUCGAAGACUCGGUGACUGUUCGAGAUUAUAUCCAAUCUACUAUGGAGACCGAAAAAGACCCCCAGUGCCUCCUGGGCUUGGCCAGGAGAAUCGGGCAGGUUCUGGCUAGAAUGCAUGAUGAAGACCUCAUUCACGGGGACCUCACCACCUCCAACAUGCUCCUGAGGCGGCCCCUGGAGCAGCUGCACAUCGUGCUCAUCGACUUCGGGCUGAGUUUUGUUUCGGGACUGCCGGAAGAUAAAGGCGUCGACCUCUUUGUCCUGGAGAAGGCCUUCCUCAGCACCCACCCCCACACCGAGACAGUGUUUGAAGCCUUUCUCAAGAGCUAUGGUACUUCAUCCAAAAAGUCCGGUCCAGUGCUGAAGAAGUUAGAUGAAGUGCGCCUGAGAGGGAGAAAGCGGUCCAUGGUCGGGUAGCAGAGUUGCUAUAGUAACUGUCUCCCGUUCUCCAGGUGCUGCCCUCCUACCUUGACGUCAUCUUCCCCGGACGAAGUUCUUCAGCACUCUGGAACCCAGUUCCAUGAUGGCAGUCAGAAUCCCGUCAGGGAUCCCAAAGCCUUCCUCUCUCUGACAUUGCCAGCGUGGUAUCACAACGGAUGCCUGGAGUCAGAUCUUCUAGUUUGCUUUGGGUGUCAUAGCCUCCCCCCCCCACCCCCCGGUCUGGCUCAAGAGGCCUGGGGACAGUGUGGCCAAGGGUGAGCAACACAGGCCUGAGUCACAACCGGCAUCUCUGAGCUCCACUCUCUUGCUCUGUGAGGAGGGCAAUUGAAGCCACCUGGGAGGCCAUGGACACGUGAAGGGAGAGGAGCCAGGCAGCACCAGCAGGGCCAGAGCUGGGAGGGCCUGACCUGCCUCCUGAGCACCCUAACUGGGAAGAAAUAGGAGGCAAGAGUUCUUCCUCUGUCACAGGCUGUCUCCCAAUGUCCCUCAGCUGCAGGCUGGCUCUGGCUAUCCAUUGGCUGCAGACUGACUCUGGGUGCCCCUCAGCUACAAGCCGGCCCUGGGUGUCCCUCGGCUGCAGGCUGGCCCUGGCUAUCCAUUGGCUGCCCGCUGGCCCUGGGUGUCCCUCAGCUGCUGGCUAGAUCUGGAAAUAGGCUCCUGUGCUCACCACGAUGCAGUUAUUGUCCCUACAUCUGAGCCACAGGACAGCCCCUUCUGUUCUAAGGCCAGGCACCCCAUUCUACACUUUCAGCUUGGUCUGGAGCAGGGGAGCCCACUAGAGCUCCUUCUGAUACUCCCUGGUCCCAGCUACGUGCACUUGGACCUUAGGGAGUGGGUCAGUUUGUAUCCGCCCACCUGCCUCGGCCUGAAAGAUCCAAAGGGCCCUUUGCAGGCCUGGCCUCCCCACGAGAGGUUGUCUGCUCCCUUUGAUGAUGCCGAGCUGGGCUGACUGGGGUCAUGGCAGGAGGUUUCAUCACAGCCUGGGACAGGUCCACUGGGAAGUCCCUUGUCCUGGGAUUUACAGGAAUGCCGUAGCUUGACAGGGUUGAGGGUGAGCCUUGGGCUUCUCAUCUGGAGUCCUACCCACUCAAGGCUUCCCAGGCCUGCGAGUUCCCGGAGUCACUGGGACUGUGCUGUCUGUGCCCCCAGGGACUUAUCUCUUCCUGCAGAUCACUUGGCAUUGUAGACUUAGGUAGAUUUUAUUUUAAAGGGGGCUUUGAAAAGUCACAGGUGAAAUAAAUUUUUGAAAAUUCACUCGCCCAAAGUCAAAGGUAGCUGUAAGAAGAAAUGAACAUCACCAGACAGUGGUGGCGCAGCUUUCGAUCCCAGCACUGAGGAGGCAGA